AUGCGCACCCUCCGAUCCAUCCUACCUCCGCUGAAUUUUAUCACAAUUCAUUAUGCCUACUUCGUCGUCGUCCCCCUGGUCUCCUCGCUCAUAUUCUGGGGCUCUUCGGACCCAAAAUUCAGCAUCACUUAUGUUGACAGCUUAUUCUUGGUCACCUCUGCCAUGACAGAGGCUGGCUUGAACACCGUGAACCUUAGUCAGAUGACUACUUGGCAGCAAAUCCUCCUUUGGCUUCUGAUAAUUAUCGGGAGCUCCAUCUGGGUUUCGAUCUGGACUGUCUUAGUAAGGAAGCAUGCCUUUGAAGUGCGCUUUGAAGAGAUCGUGCGCAAGGAGCGGAAGCGUCGCCUCGAGAGGCGAAAUGCGAGCUUGACCCUCCUCCCCAUUACCCAUAGGCUUAGAACUUUGGGUAGGAGUAGCAGGACAGUGCCAGAGAGCGGCGGCGCGAGUUCUCUUUGGAACCAACGCCCGGCUAUCGGCCAUCCUGCUAUAUCUCAACCAAGUGAUGGCAGACUUCUUUCUCCCGUUGUCCCUCUGCAACAGGAGACUGGCGCACGUGAUCUUGCAACGCCCGAGUCGCAGUCUCUUCCUCACACCGAUGGCUCUGUCCUUCACCGCCGUAGCUUGCUCCCGGUAGAAAAUUCUACAGACCCCCAAGGAGACAACAUGGCAGCACCAGGCAAUACCGAACAUGUGGCAUUCGUCGACAAUCUCGGCGCUAGGGCUAGAUCAUCAUCCAUCUCACCCAGCGGCACUACUGCUCAUAGACAUUUUUCGACUACCGACACGGUUGUCAACCGCCAUAGUUACCUAAGAGGGCAUAAAGUCGGGCGCAACGGUCAAUUUCAUGACUUGACAAGCGAGGAACGUGAAGAGCUCGGUGGUACUGAGUACCGAGCGCUUAAACUUCUCUCUGUCGUUGUCCCUGUAUAUUUCGUUUCUUGGCAAUUUUUUGGCUGCAUCUCGCUCGGGGCCUGGAUAGCAAAUAAUUUACCUCAGCCCGCUGAGGAUAAUGGGAUCUCGCCCUGGUGGAAUGGCAUCUUCAAUGGAGUAUCUGCUUUUAACAAUAGUGGCAUGAGCGUAUUGGAUUUGAAUAUGAUCCCCUACGGAAGCUCGUAUUUUGUGCUCAUUGUCAUGGGAGCAAUGAUUCUCGCCGGAAAUACGGCCUAUCCGGUGUUCUUAAGGUUAAUCCUGUGGUGCAGUUUAAAAGCCCUGAAGCUAGUGACCUACCCCGAAGAUUUAGUUGAUUGGAAAGAGACGCUUGAAUAUAUUCUCAAAUAUCCUCGACGCGUCUAUACAAAUCUAUUCCCGUCACGACAAACGUAUUGGCUCGUUUUUAUGCUCUUUGUGCUCAAUGGUACCGAUUGGGUGGCAUUUGAAGUGCUUAACCUUGGAAACUCUACUCUUGAGCAAACUCCUCUCGGCUCUCGUAUCAUCGAUGGACUCUUUCAAGCAAUUGCCGUUCGUUCGGGGGGGUUUUAUGUAAUAUCCAUCCCAACACUAUUCAUCGGCUUACAGGUGCUUUACGUUAUCAUGAUGUAUAUCUCGGUAUACCCGGUAGUUAUUACGAUGCGGCACUCAAAUGUUUAUGAGGAACGAUCGCUAGGAAUAUAUGGGGAUGAUCCUAAUUAUAGUAACGCCCUCGCCCGUCCUAUCUCUCACGGCCAGCCAGGAAGUAAAGCCCAGUCUCUGAGCCGGGUGAUUCGUCUCGCAUUCGCUGAGUGGUACGGGGUUGGGGCGGCGCCAGAUCAACGAGAGGAGAGCCGGAUUAGUUUCAUAAGUCAUCAAAUCCGUGGGCAGCUCUCGCAUGACUUAUGGUGGCUAGUCUUGGCUGUCCUACUUAUUGUCAUCAUCGAGACGAAGCAUUUCAUCGAGGACCCAGUCACUUUUUCGGUAUUCAACGUCGUGUUUGAAGUGGUAUCUGCAUAUGGGUGUGUUGGUAUUAGCAUUGGACUGCCGACAGCAGCAUACAGUUUUAGCGGCGGACUCUAUCCGGGAAGCAAGCUAAUCCUGUGUGCUGUCAUGAUAAGAGGACGGCACCGGGGCUUACCAGUUGCACUCGAUCGCGCUGUUCGGCUUCCUAGCGAUGACAUGCACAGAGUUGAGGAGGAAGAUCACCAAAUACGUAGGUCGAUGUCGACAAGAAGACCGAGCGUGGACGAUAUGAGCAUCAUAUGA